AUGGAGCCCCCCGAGCCCCGGGGCGGGCGCGGCGGGCACGGCGGCAGCAGCACUCCCGCGGCUCCCUCUCUCUCCGCAGGCUGCUGGGCGGUGACCGGGCCCGGCACCGUGCGGGGAUUCCUGGGGGGGUCCCUCUCGGUGAGCUGCUCGUACCGGGCUGGCCAGGAGACGAAGCCGAAAUUCUGGUGCACACCGGCAACAGCUGUUUUUAUCUGUGAAGAUGACAUCGUCAUCACCUCGGAGCGCCGGCCCGUGGUGCGGCGGGGCCGAUUCUCCAUCCAGGAUGAUCGCACACGGCGGGUGUUCACGGUGACCGUGGAGCGCCUGACCAAGCGGGACGCGGGCACCUACCGCUGCGGGGUGCGAUGGAGCAAGGCCUGGCCUGAUGAGAGUGCCGAGGUGAAGCGCCGGCCCGUGGUGCGGCGGGGCCGAUUCUCCAUCCAGGAUGAUCGCACACGGCGGGUGUUCACGGUGACCGUGGAGCGCCUGACCAAGCGGGACGCGGGCACCUACCGCUGCGGGGUGCGAUGGAGCAAGGCCUGGCCUGAUGAGAGUGCCGAGGUGAAGGUGAUCGUGUCCCCAGCCCUCUCCAGAGCAGCUGUAGAGAUGGACAGCACUCACGGCGUGUUGCAUACAGGAGAGGAUGCCUUGAACUACGCCAACAUUAACCACCACACGGGCACGGCCGAGAGCCAGUUGUACAGCAAUGCCGAGGCUUUCCGCUGCUUGGCAAACACUACGACGGAAUACAUGGAGGUUAAGCGGAGCAAUAAGUGUUUGGAAGAGGAAAAAGAGGCUACAUAUGCCAGUGUGAGGAAUUCCGUGCCGGAGCAGCAGGAGAUCUACGUCAACAUGCCGUCAGCCCCACGGCCCAGAGAAGAGCCCUGCAGCACAGUGCGGAGGGCGUGA